AUGCCUAAGGUUAAUAAGAAAAAGCUUAAAGACCUCAUCGACGAGCGCGGUAUCUUGCCUAAUGAUAUAUAUAAUAUGGAUGAGACAGGCUGCCGCAUUGGUGUUGCAAAAAAGCAGUACUUAUACACCAAAAAUGGACGUACGGUCUUUAUCCACAACGCUAAAGAUCGCGAGCUUAUUACCCUUAUUGAGUGUAUCCGGGCCACAGGCGAGGUUAUUCCACCUCUUGUUAUCGUCAAAGCUGCUACUGUGAUGGAGCAUUGGAUCGUGGAUCUACCUGAUGGGUAUCUUGUAGGCGUGUCCGAUAGUGGAUAUAGUAACGACAAACUUGUGUAUGCCUGGAUCUAA